CCUGGUGUUGAAUGAGAAAUCAGGAGCUUUUUUUAAAAAAAGAGUGAAACACCAACAUUAUCUGCUCUCGAUGUGGAUUCAUCGAUACUUGUGAUUGGUUUUUUUGAGGGCGGGGCGGUUUCUGGGCAGCUGUGUGGAUAAAUACUGAGUUUUAUUCGUGUGUUUAUUAGUUACAGUAGAUUAUUUAACGGGAUGGAAGUGAAGGUUAGAGGAAGAGGAGGAGGAGGAGGAGGAGGAGGAGGAGAGGGAGACGGUGUUCGCCUGCAAUUUGUGCGUAAAUGGAAAUAAUGCGCAAAUUGUUUCUAUUGCGAUGUUUUUUUUUGGUCUUUUUGCAUUAUGUGUGUGUGUGUUAGAGAGUGAGUGUGUUUGUGUGUGUGUGUGUGUGUGUGUGUGUGUGUGUGUGUGAGAGAGAGAGAGAGAGAGAGAGAGAGAGAGAGAGAGAGAGAGAGAGAGAGAGUUGUUUGUUUAUUACGGAGGAGAAGAAGUCCGUCUGUUUUUCCGGACAAUAUUUGCAUAAAACUAAAAGUUAUAACGCAAACAGUUCUCCUUUUAUAUAGCAUAUUGUAGUUGUUGUUGUUGUUGUUGUUUUUAGUGUAUAUGUAUUUUCUAUAAGUCGCAGCAUCUGUGUGUGUGAGCGUGCGUAAAGACCGACAGGCUCGAGCGCUUCAUUUCGAUUCACCGGGGACCCCUGCGCGCAACAAGAGCCCCCCAUGGGUGCAAUAGUGCAAGCACAGACGGCGGUGAUUGGCCAGAGGUUGAUCAGAUGGUACACUUCCCCUCUGUAUUCAGUGGCACCUCACAACCCCCCCUUUCAGCAAAAACCAAAUCUCGGAUAAAGUAAUGGCAAAACCACUUGGACUAUAAAAGACAACAAAUCAUAUUCCUCCGGAGUAUAUACACCCCGUUGUCCACCCAAUGAGUUCCUAUUUUGUUAACUCAACUUUUCCCGUGUCUCUACCGGGAGGACAGGACUCUCUCCUGGGUCAGAUACCGUUAUAUUCCUCGGGAUACACCGAUCCGUUAAGACACUACUCCAACGCGGCCACAUAUGGAGCAGCGGCGAACAUGCAGGAGAAGGUUUACCCGGCGUCCUACUACCAGCAAACGGGCGCGGCGGCGGCUGCGGCCAUCUACGGCCGGGCCGGCGGCGGAGCGCCCUGCGACUACAACCCGGUCGGGACUUUCUACAAGGACGCGGAGGGCUCGUGCGCUUUCUCGAGCCGCGAGGACCAGCCGCUGUUUGUCACUCAGGAGCAUCAGCAGCGCAAAGCGGAGUGCCCGGAGCAGACUGUCAGUAUGAGCAGCAGCAUUGACGACAAGUCCUCCACUCUGAUCUACCCGUGGAUGCAGAGGAUGAACGCCUGCUCCGCCGACACACGACUACAGAUAUCGAGUGCACUCUCAGGCCCAUUUGGCAACAGUGGCCGCAGGGGCCGACAGACCUACACCCGCUACCAGACUCUGGAGCUGGAGAAGGAGUUCCACUUUAACCGCUACCUGACCAGGAGGCGCCGGAUAGAGAUCUCCCACGCCUUGUGUCUGACGGAGAGACAGAUCAAAAUCUGGUUUCAGAACCGCAGGAUGAAGUGGAAAAAGGAGAACAAACUCCUCAAUCCCUCAAAGACACCCGAGGAGGAGGAAGAGGCGGAGAAAAAGAGCUAAAGGACACUGAAAGAAAGAAAGAAAGAAAGAAAGAAAGAAAGAAAGAAAGAAAGAAAGAAAAGGCAUGUGUGUGUGUGUGUGUGUGUGUUUGUGUGCACACUCCCCAGAAUAAAAUGAUGUAUUAUUUCUUUGUAGAUAAAAAAAAAAGUGCUGCAAAAAUCCCAUGUUUAGAGACGUGUAGAGUGAUAGACUUCAGUAUCUGCACGGUGAUAAUGUCUGCAUUAGGUUAAAAUCAGGUCCUCCUCUGUUUGUCCUUGUGCUCGUGUGUUUUUUAUUUUUAGGGGACUAUAUGCAAACAAAAUCCGCCAACAUGUAAAUAAUUUUUAAGUGUUUAGUUCUCGACAAUGUUGUUACCUCAUUAUUCGUAUAGACCUACUGAGUUUUUAUCUCCAUGAUUUCUGUCUACAUGACAUUAAAAGAAAAGAAAAAAAAAGAGUCCUUUCACUGUACAUCUUGUGGUGUGGUUGUUUCUAUAAUAGUCCAUAUUGUUGUUUACAGCUGUGCCAUCUUACAUUUGUACAGAGGGAAGAAAAAAAAAAUGUUACAUGUUAUUUAUUGUUGUUCACCUGUGUUCAAUGCACAUCUGGAUAUUGUGUGCAAUAUUUUUGUUUAGGAGAAAUUGUACAUAGAAAUAAAGGCUUUUUGAUGUA